AUGGGGCACAAGGAGGAUUACAACUGUGCCUCCUCAAAUAUAAUAGAUGUAGAUGGUGGCAAGGAACAGGAUAUAUUCGACAUUAAUGAAGCUUUGGGACAGAACCUUUUUGAGGGAGACAUCUAUCUUGAUGGGAGAGACAGGAAUUCCAUUAUUGGUGAUGAAUAUAGGUGGCCUCACACAAUCCCUUAUGUCCUUGAAGAUAGUCUGGAAAUCAAUGCUAAGGGUGUUAUAUUGCAUGCAUUUGAACGGUACCGUUUAAAAACCUGCAUCGACUUUAAGCCAUGGGAGGGCGAGGACAACUAUAUUUCAGUGUUCAAAGGAAAUGGGUGCUAUUCUUCAGUAGGAAACAGACACGUUGGCAAACAGGCACUUUCCAUAGGAACCAAUUGUGACAGAAUUGCAACAGUGCAACAUGAGUUCCUCCAUGCCCUGGGAUUCUGGCAUGAGCAGUCCCGUUCAGAUCGAGAUGACUAUGUUAUCAUAAUGAAGGACAGAAUUCAGGAAGGGAAAGAGCACAAUUUUAAUACUUAUGAUGAUAAGGAAUCAGACUCUCUGAAUGUUCCUUAUGACUACACAUCUGUGAUGCACUAUAGCAAAACUGCCUUCCAAAAUGGAACAGAACCAACAAUUGUGACCAGAAUCCCAGAUUUUUUGGAUGUGAUUGGACAACGAAUGGAUUUCAGUGCAUAUGACCUUGAAAAAUUGAACCGACUCUACAACUGCUCUUCUUCCAAAACCUUUAUGGACUCGUGUGAUUUUGAACUGGAAAAUGUGUGUGGCAUGAUUCAAAAUUCAGAAGAUAAUGCUGACUGGCAGAGGGUUUCACAGGUGCUUGGUGGUCCAGAUACUGAUCACUCAAACAUGGGCCAGUGCAAAGGAUCUGGUUUCUUCAUGCACUUCAACAGUAGCUCUGUGAAUGUUGGGGGAAAGGCUCUCCUGGAAAGUCGAAUAUUUUAUCCCAAGAGAGGGUUUCAAUGUUUGCAGUUUUAUUACUAUAACAAUGGUAACAAAGAUGACCAGCUCAAGAUCUACAUCAGGGAGUAUACCUCAGUCAAUGUUAAUGGCUCUCUUUCUUUGGUGCAUGAAGUGAAAGAUGUACCCACAGGAAUCUGGGAACUCUAUUAUGUGACACUGGCAGUGACCAACAAAUUUAGGGUAGUAUUUGAAGGGACUCGGGGUCCUGGCACAUCAGCUGGUGGACUCUCUAUUGAUGACAUUAAUCUUUCGGAAACACACUGUCCUCAUCAUAUAUGGAAGAUAAACAAUUUCAGUACCUUAACAGGAGUCCUCUUUAGCCCUCCAUUUUACUCUCCCACAGGCUAUGCCUUUCAGGUUCAGUUAGAUAUAAGUAGACAGACUAAUAUAGGAAUAUAUUUCUCUCUGAUCUCUGGAGUCAAUGAUGAACAAUUACAGUGGCCAUGUCCAUGGCAACAAGCUACAAUGACAUUAUUGGAUCAAAAUCCAGACAUUCGUCAACGUAUGUCCAACCAGAGGAGCGUGACUACUGAUCCAUUUAUGACAAUUGAUAAUGGUAAUGGAAGCCUUUAUUGGGACAAACCUUCCAAAGUAGGAGUGACAGCAACUUUCCCCAAUGGAACAUCAUAUUUCAGGGGUCCACAUUAUGGAACCAGUGUCUACAUAACUCACCAACGGAUGCAAAGCAGAGAUUUUAUCAAAGGAGAUAAUGUUUACCUCCUUUUGACAGUGGAAGAUAUAUCAAAUCUCAUUAAUACUCAGCCAACAGCAAUCCCUUCUAAGGAGCCAGCCACUACACUAAAUUCUGAAAGAAAUCUUUGUGCAAACUUUACCUGUGAGAAUGAUGGCGUCUGUGUUAACCACAAUGACAAAGCAGAAUGCAGGUGUCCAUCAGGGAAAGACUGGUGGUAUUCAGGAGAAAAAUGUGAGACGAAGGGCUCCACCAAGGACACUAUAGUUAUAGCAGUUUCAUCCACUGCGGCUGUAUUUGCUGUAAUGUUGAUAGUGACUCUUGUGAGCGUCUACUGUGUUAAGAAGAAAUACAGUAGAAGGAGCAAUGACAGUACACUGAGUGUGACUGUAGAAAAUAAAAACACAUCUUUCUGAAAAUAUUUUUGAAGAUAUUGGACAGCAACAACAUUGACAUUUAAAAAAUUGGAAAAUGCCUUGCCUCCUCAUCAUGGAUUCACCCAGGAACAAAUUUCAUAUGUGGGAAAUGACAGUUUUAUGUAACUUUAAUUACUUUUAAUUCUGCUGAAAACAUGAAAAUAUUGUCACAAUGAAUUUUUUCCAUAAAAAUAAUUUGAUUUCAGUUGUAUGGAUUUGUAUGGAAGAGAAAGCUCAGGUAAUUUAUGAGGAAAGUCUCCUGACAAUCACUGGACUUUUCAACUAUUCAGAAGUGACUUAUGAAGUUGCCAGCCCCUAUUAUUGGGUUGUGGGGAAUGGCAUCUCAUCAUAAUUCCAGCCAUUAUGUUAUUUAGGGUCAUCUGUGCCAUCUUUGGCCAGAGGUAGCCUAUCUCUCUGGCUGAGGAUUUGGGAUUAAACUUAAAAAUAAAUGGAAUGAGCACUGGAUUUGGUGUCAGAGAACCUUGAUUUGAAUCUUUUCUCUGCUACUUUACUAUCUUUAUAAUCUUGGGUAAGUGUUCUCUAGGGACCUCAAUUUUUUUUUUACCUACAGAAU